AUGCCCCCCGCCAGGCAGUCCCACGUGGGAGACAAGUCGAGUUUUGCGCGCUGCCCCUUCAAGGUGGCCAGCAUCGAGACGCCCUCCUAUGCACGAGGGACUCGUUCCGACAAGAAGCGGAAGCGCGAUGCUACAGACAGCGCGAGGGUACCAAUACAGGAAUGGCCGUUUCCCCCCUUUGGAGGGUCGCUAAGGCGGGACAUGGACGUCUCGUAUACUAUUGAGCCGCAGCAGGAAUGGCUCAACAUGAAACGGUACAACAGCUUUGUCCUCAAGCAUGACAAGUACUACGUGGAAGAUUUCGUCUACGUUGCCAGUUCCGCAACGGCUGAGCAGCAGAGCGACGUGAAAGAAGACCCUGAUCAAGCGGCUGUAAUCCAGCUCGCAGACCACUGGGUGGCGAAAAUCCUGGAGGUCAGGGCAGCGGACGAGUCCCACGUGUAUGCGCGCGUAUACUGGAUGUACUCUUCAGAGGAGCUUCCCUCGCACACUCUUGGCAAGCUGGUGUCCGACUACUGUCAGCAGGAGCUCAUAGCGUCCAACCACAUGGGUGUCAUCAAUGUUACCCGUGUUGUGAGGCACGCCAGAGUCAAGCAACUGGCAGAUGGAGAGACCGUGCAGGACGAAGGUGCGAUAUACUGGCGCCAUGUCGUCGACUACCGUACUUCAGUACUUUCCUUGGCCGAUGGACGAGACGAGUUCAAUAUCUCAAACUGUUCAGAAGCAUCACCAGUAAAAGUCGAGACGGACACACACGAAGACUACGGUCUACUAGCCGAGCAGCACGGCGCCAAGACAACUAGAACGGCUGAGACCUCAUGUCCUACUGGUAAGGACACGGGAUCAUCAUUAGCGACAAGGCUCCGCCCAAAUUCAGCUGCACAUGGCGAGAACUCUGCUUCAACGCAGGCUUUAGAUGCAGAGCAUCCUCUUCCCAGAAGGGGGGCUGUUAGGCCAACAGCCCCUGCACCGGACGUUAACCGCGCGUCAAGGGGCACUCACAUACCGUUGUCAGCUGUCGGUGAUUUGUCCCAAGGCUCCUCGGCUUCGAUGAGACCUACCAGCGCCGCGAUGACUUCGACAGCUCCUGUCGAAGGUCCAUCAGUGAUUCCCGUCUACCUCCCCGCCAAAACCCAGCUCGCGCUAUUGCAACAUCUGCAAAGCAUUCUGGAGGCGGCUUGCUACGAGCACGGAAAGCGAACAAUGCGGGAUAUCUUUCAACGCCGCGGAUGGGAUUGCGCGGAGUCGGUAGAGCUAAGCUGCUGGACGGACGAGUUUCUGCGGCAAGUACGGAGUUCUCUAGCCGCGCAACACGCCGGGGAGCCGCUGAGGAUUCUCCUACGCUCCAUCGCCGACAUCCGCCACAGCGCCGUACAUCGUCAUAAGGUCAGCACAACAGGCAUAGAGCGGUUCCUCUACGAUGCCGAGGCGCUUGCCGAACUGCUGGGGGAUGCGGAACGUAGCAGGAAGGUUUGCUUGCUGAGGCAAGAUAUGCGACGGAUACUGAAGCAACUUGACGACUGGAGGAUCCUCUCCUACGCGAGACUGGGGAGCAUCCUGGGGCUGCGCGAAGGACCGCACGAAUCUGCUGCCGUGGAUGAACUAGAGAGGAAAUUCUUGUCGCGGGUCGGGAAAAUGGUGGAGAAGGCUAUUGCUGCCUCUUCCCGCGGUUAG